GACCAAAUACGGCGCAUCUCGUUCUGGGGCCAUAUUUACCGCCAACCCCAGAUUUUUCCAGUAACAUACCCUCAUCGGACUCUGACCCCAAUGGCAACGCUGGCGUUGUUCAUCCACCUGCCCGGGCACUUAUGCAUGCUGCUUCAUCUUCCUCUUCCCCUUCCUCUUCCCCCCCACUUUACUGCUCAUAAGAAAGUAAAUAACAACAAUGCUCAUACUCCUGUCAAACAAGUUCCUUCGCCUGAACCCACCGCAAUAGCUCGAGCGCCUUCGCCCGUACCAAAAAACGGUUCAUACUCUGGAUCCCCUGCUUCGAUCAGAGCCAACAGUUGCAGACCUUUCGCCCCUUCCGAUAAGACCACCUCGACGCAAACCAUCCCUCUUAGCGCAUCAAUCAGAACGACAGCAACAACAGCAACAGCAGCAACAGCCACAGCACCGUCACCAAAAUUAUGUACAGCGCAAGUUAUUCUCACCAUCAGAACUACCAUCUUCUGAAACUUGUAAAACCCCAUCGCCCACACUCACGCCCACGCCUAUACCAACAGCUACACCGAUACCUUUUCCAUUAACGUCCAAAUCAACCUCUACACCUGCCAUGCAGCAGCCUAGCGCACCUACCGCUCAAUUCACGACCUCUGCCAUAGCCGCAUUUCCCCUUCCCCCGGUUCUCUCUUCUAGUCGGCCAUCCUCACCGAAUGGCAAAGAGAUAGU